CGUAUUUUUUAAAUUCUUUUUCAAUAAGGCUCUUCUGGAUUGCUCAAACAAUCAGAAAAUUCAAAGCAAGGGCUCACUAAUUCGUCCUUAAAUUAAAUCAAUAUUUGUAACAAACUUCCUCUAAUUUUAAUAUAAGCAUACCUGUGAUAGAAAAUUACACCAUUUGGAUUCCUUCUUAUAUGAAUUCAGGUAGUUAGAGAAAAGAUGUAAUUCAGAGACUUCCUUCAAGGGGACAGUCCCAAAAUCAUUAAGGUUGAGAAGAGAGUAAAAGGACCUCUAAAGAUCGAAAAAGAUUAAGUUAACAAAUAUAUAUAUGUCUUUAUAGAAUAAUAGAAUCGGAGGAGCCUUAUCAGCACUUGGAAGAUCCUUCAGAGAUUUUAGCUCAGGUUAAAGAUCUUUAUGACCAAGUGUUUAUAGAGAUUCUCAAAGAUUGAGAAAAAAGAAUAUUCCAGAUCUUUUUGGAUUUCUUUUUAAAGAAUCCAAUACGGAAACUUAAAACAGGAUAUAACAAAAUCCAAAUUAGAUGGUUAUAGUCGAACUUACUUUUCAGCAUGCUUCUCUCCUGAUGGAAAUAUAUUAGCAUCUGAAUAAAGAUAUUUCUAAAAUUUAAUUGGAUGUUAAGACAAGAGAAGCAUUUUGAAUAUGCAUAUCUACUAUAUCCAUCUAAUUUAGAUUUUUUAGUCCUUUUUAUUUCUUUUUUCCUUUGAUAUACUGUUAAAAGAAGAUAAUAAAAAAGAAAAUUGAGAUGUACAUAUGUUGAUUUUUUAUGGUCUUUCCUGAUAGUAGGAACUAUAAAAUCGUAUGUGAGUUAAGAUAGUUUUAUCCAUCCACUUAUGAAUCUUAAGAUAGGAUAUCAAGAAUCUAAAUUUGAAGGACCU